CAGAUUACUAAAUAAUGCCCAAAGUAGGAAUACAUUUAUUUUUACACUUAACGAAGAGUAUAUAUUCCACUGUGUGCAUUGUAUGAGCAUUGUGUCCCUCCUGCAAGCAACAUCACAAAGGCUGUAGCAAUGGCACCCAAGAAGGCAAAGAAGAAGGCAGAGGGAGCAAACUCCAAUGUGUUCUCAAUGUUUGAUCAGUCGCAGAUUCAGGAAUUCAAGGAGGCUUUCACAAUAAUGGAUCAGAACAGAGAUGGAAUCAUUGAUAAGGAGGACCUGAGGGACACAUUUGCCGCUCUGGGCCGGCUAAAUGUAAAAAAUGAAGAACUGGAAGAAAUGAUUAAAGAGUCUUCUGGGCCAAUUAACUUCACAGUUUUUCUUACCAUGUUCGGUGAGAAGCUUAAGGGUACAGAUCCAGAGGAAUCAAUCUUAAAUGCAUUCAAAAUAUUUGAUCCUGAAGGCAAGGGUGUGUUAAGAAAAGACUUCAUUGAAGAAAUGUUGAUGACUCAGGCAGAACGAUUUAGCAAGGAAGAGAUCGAUCAGAUGUUUGCAGCCUUCCCCCCAGAUGUGUCUGAUAACUUGGACUACAAGAACCUGGUACACGUCAUCACCCACGGAGAGGAUAAAGACCAGGAAUAAACAAUCCUUCCCGACCACCGUGAUCAUCUUCUGCACCUUCCGCUCCUCUUUCUAUAAACAGCCACUUUGUUAUUAUACUUCCUCUAUUUAACUCUUCCAAAACGCAAGUAGAAAGCAAACUCCUGCACAAGCCUCAGAAAAUCAAAGGUAGGAUCCCGAACCGAAACGUCGCCUGUCCAUUCCCUCCACAGAUGCUGCCUGACCCAUUGAGUUCCUCCAGCACUUUGUUCUUCAGCUCAAGAUUUCAGCAUCUGCAGUUUCCUUUUGUAUCCAAAAGACGAGAUAGCUUUUAAAAAUUGGUUAAAAAAGUAAAAUGGUUGUGAAAGAAAAUAUCAUUUGUCAAACUGAGUGUGCAGAGACCAUCUAUUAACUAUCAAGAAAUGGAAGCGACAAUUAUACUUAGUCAUCCUCUUUGUAAAUACUCAAAAUUCCCCCAAAAAAUCCUGUUGUUCACGUUUUAUAGGAACUUUGUGAUAAUAAGUUGCUUAGAGUGUCAAAAAAAACAUAUUACUUUCAAACUGACAAGAAUUUAUCGUGUUUGUCACGUUUUUGUGUAAUUUGUUAGACCCGAAUAAACAAACUCCACCAAAACCAGAUAUUCAAUAACGUAUGAAAAUUGCAAGAGAAAAUAAAGAGAAUUCAUACAAAAUG